AUGUCGGAGUUAAGUUUCAAAGAAAAAGAAGAAGAUGUUACCGUUAUAUUUGAAGCACCGGCAGAAGUCAGUUCCGAGGAACCUUCAAUGAGCGAAUGGUCCUCAUUGGAAUCGCAGACAGUGAUAGAAAAAGAGAAGAAGCUACUAUUCGAUCAGGGUCUAUAUUCUCCGGGUAGUUCUGACAUAUGCCCUAAGUAUAUACCGCAAUCUGACAGCACAAUAUUGAGGCACCCAUACUAUAACUAUCCAGCAGUUCAUGACCCUGGCAUAAAAGAAGCACUUCUCGUCCCCGAACAACAAAUUGUGUAUUCAGAUGAUGGACAGGCUUUAUAUCUACAUUUAUGUUCUGAAAUGAAAUUAACUCCAGUGAGAAUGUUUCACAGAAAAUUAUUAGAUUCAGAAAUUUCUCUAAGCUACUAUGGCGUAGACCCUACGGCUAUUCGUGCUAUGGCGAUGGCUUUGCAGUUUAAUAAGCAUGUUCAUGUUUUCAAUUUGACUGACAAUUUUCUCACUGAUGACAGUUGUUUUCAUUUGAGUCAAAUGCUUAAGACAAAUACAACAUUGAAAGAACUCAACUUGACCGGUUGUCGCAUAGGUACAUCGGGGCUUAUCAAUCUUGGAGACCAAUUAGCUGUGAAUCGUACAUUAGUAACAUUGAAUCUCUCUAGAAAUGAAAUUGGCGAUGAGGGUGGGGUACACUACGCCAAGCUAAUAUCUGACGGUGUUACCGUUCAGAAAUUGAACUUAAGCAAAAAUGAUUUGGGCCGACAAACUGCUUUAGCGUUUAUGGAGGCCUUUGAAUGGAGGGAUCCACUUACACUAUUAGACUUAUCGUGGAAUAGUUUCCUUCACGUUCCAUCUACUGUCAAAAUGCUAUCCUCUUUAGCAAACAGCCAAGAAUUACAAGAAAUAAAUUUAUCAUUCAAUGCAUUUGAAGGAGACCGUAUAGCAGGUGCAAUAUACAAUUUAUUACUUAUUCCUACAUUAACAGCUUUAGACCUGAGUCAUAACAGAUUCCAAGGGGAAGCGAUAGAUAUAAUAACAGCAGGUUUGAUUAGUGCAAAAAAAUUGGUAACAUUUAAUUUGUCUUUUAAUCCAAUGUCACCUGAGGAUGCUUACCGCACCUUAGAAAAAAUGUUACGGCCGAGAGUCAAACUGCAAAACCUGCUGAUGGAAACAGUGUGUGUGGAUAAGUCUUUCUUAGCUUUAGUCGCGAGAGUAUCAAAGAUGAAAUCUCGGAAAAAAUUUAAAGUGAUUUAUGGUGAUGUGUUGCAUAACUGGGAUGUAAAAGGUCCAGAUGUAAGGACAUUACUAUUAAAGCGAGCCGAAUAUCUUAGUACGGUAAACAAGAAGAAACAUAUUGAUAUACUGGUUUAUUUUUUAACUUUAAACCAGAAAAAUAGCGCACCUAUGCUACCUAAAGAUCUAUCAGACCGGCUAACUGAAGAUGGGAUUCCCUUAAGCAGUGAUUAUUGUGACCAGUUAGUCGAAGUUUUUCCUGGGCCGAGAAUUCGAAAACUUCGGUCUAUAAAUAUUCCAUUACUAUGUGAAUAUAUCAAUCGUCUUUAUCCAAAAAAGAAGGUCCCAGAGCCGGAACCGGUCCCUGAACCGGUGGUCGAAGUAGUGGCACCUCCACCCUCCACUAAAGUCAAAGAAAAGAAACAAAAAGUAAAGUUUGUAAGAUAA